AUGUAUGAUGCUAUCAAAGAGAGGGAGUACGCGGAUCCUAGGCCAUUUAAUGCGAGUUCCAGCAUCAAGCUGACAUCGCCACCUUCUCGUGCAAAGUCGGCAAAGUCCGUUGGUGAGUCGCCUAAAACCCCUAUUGCUUCACAGAGUGAUUGGUUCAAAAUAUUCAAAUCGUGUAAAAAGAAAAGCCCUAAAAGUAUCAUCAAAAAAGAGAUUUUGAAAUUGGACGUGAUUGCAAACGAUUGGAUUUGUCCGGCUACUCCAUCGAAGGGAAAAAAGAACAAAUUUCAGUGCGAUCGAUUUAUUCCAGUACGUGAAACAAUGGGAGAACCAUCGGAACAAUUAAAAAUACCCCAAAGAGAAUCUGGCAAGGAACAAUAUUUGAACAGUAAUGAACUUGAAUAUCAGGAAAAAUUAGCAGAAGCAUGUGGUGUUUCUCUCGAAAAACGUAUUUUAGCAUUCAAUCUCCAACCUCCGUCGAGCCAAAAAGAUGAUCUACGCUUAUUGGAUGAUUAUUAUUUGAAUUUAUUAGAUUGGAGUAUCAAAAACAUGGUUGCAAUUGGACUGGAUCAAUGCGUUUAUAUUUGGAACGCUGAUACUGGAGGCGUAACAAAUGUUUUAAAAGAGCAAAAAAUUAGAUCUAUGUUGGGACAUACAGCACGUGUAGGAGUAAUAACAUGGAAUAAACAUAUUAUCUCUUCUGGAUGUAAAGAUGGAAAUAUUUGGCAUCAUGAUACCAGAGUUGCUCAACAUAAAGUAGCUGAGUUGAUUGACCAUACUAGUGAAGUUUGUGGAUUAAAAUGGAACUCUAACGGCGAUCAAUUGGCGAGCGGGGGUAACGACAAUCGGGUGAAUAUUUGGGACGCAAGAGCAAGCACUCCAAGUUUAACAAAAAACAAUCAUGUUGCUGCUGUAAAGGCUUUAGCAUGGUGCCCUUGGCAAAGUCAUAUUCUUGCUUCAGGAGGAGGUUCUUAUGAUCGGCAUAUUCAUUUCUGGAACGUGAGCUCUGGCGCUCGUGUAAAAUCUAUUGAUACAGGAUCUCAAGUGACUUCGAUCAUUUGGUCCAAAGAUUUUAAAGAACUUUUAUCAAAUCAUGGAUUUCCGAAUCAUAAUAUGACGAUUUGGUCUUAUCCUACUCUAGUUGCAGCAAGUGAUGAGAAUUUGAAAUUUUGGAGGUUUAGAUUUACUGCUAGUUAA